AUGGGAAUGGUGCGAGGACUUGGUUGUGAGCAUGAAAUUAAUCUAGCGAAAUUCAGAAGUAAUCUAGUUUUAUUCCGAUGCGUGGAGGAAUAUCUAGAUUUGAGGACAAAAAUUUUUCUGGUAAUGAUGUUUUGUUAUUAUUUAUUUAUUUGUUUAUUGCUUUUUUUUGAAAUUCAGUGUGAAAAUGUAAAUUUUGCAAAUAAUGUUAUUUAUGCAAUAAACUGUGGUGGUUUUUACCAUAAAGAUAUUCAUGGUGUUGAAUAUGAAGAAGAUACGGAGCAAACUGUUGGAACAACUUCUGAUUAUGGUCUUCAGUUAAAUAUUUUACGAACCGAUCCUUUUGAUGCUGUUUUAUAUCAAACUGAGAGGUAUCAUACGGAUAGUUUCACUUACGAACUACCUUUACCGAAAGAAGAUGGAGAAUAUACAUUAGUUUUAAAAUUCUGUGAAGUUUACUUUCGAGCUGCGGGUAAAAAGGUUUUCGAUGUGCUUCUUAAUGGUGAAAUUAUUAUUCCAAAUCUUGAUAUAUUCAAUGAAGCUAAGGGGACGGGAAUUGCUUAUGAUCGUUUAAUUGGUUUUUAUGUACUUUUUUUACGAAAAAAAUUUUUGAAAAAACUAGGUAACCGUGAUAAUCCGAAAAUUAACGCUUUUUAUCUUUAUCGAGGUCCCAAAACUGAUAUACCGAAAAUUGUUGAUGAGGAUUUCACAGAAAUGAGUGAAGGAAAAGAUCUGAUAGAAGAAGAAGAAGAAAUUGAAAAGCCUAUUUAUAUUGGUGAACCAACCGUGAAAGAUCCAUAUGCGGAUCAAGACACAGCUCAACUGCUUAUACCCUUUCUCAUUGCAUUUGCUUGCUUUUUCCCCAUUGUAUAUUGUCUUUGCAAGAUCUAA